AUGAAUCUUAAAGCGCAAUUGGCAGGAGUUGGUCUCUUACCACUCCUCCAAACUCUCUUCUACAUUUCGGCCAUUCCUGUCUCAGUUCAAGCGCACUAUACAAACACAACUUGCAAGACAACACCCAACGACGCAGCUUGGCCCAGCAUUUCGGAAUGGACUGCUCUCAACCAAUCGAUCUCUGGUCGCUUACUGCAUCCCUCUCCGCCAGCAGCCGCCUGCCACUCUCCAACUUUUGACAACGACACGUGCAAUGCGAUUAACACAGCUUGGACUACCUUUGCUUUCCACCAGGAUAACCCUGUCAGCUCAGCAUGGAACAACAUGAACAACGAUUCCUGUCUGCCGAAUAUUACUGCACCAUGUUCCGACGUAGGAUAUCCGGUCUAUGUCGUUAAUGCAUCGGAUGCGAAUGACAUCAAAUCUGCCAUCGACUUUGCAAGAGAGAAGAAUAUAAGGUUGACCGUUAAAGCUUCUGGACAUGACUAUCUGAAGCGAGCCGUAGCCCCAUACUCUCUUUUGAUUUGGACCCGAUACAUGGUCGGAGGGUACGAAUUUCAUGACACGUUCCAGCCACAGGGUUGCAAUAUCACCAUUGAUACGACAGCGGUGACCGCUGGCUCCGGGUCGUAUGUCAGUGAGAUGUACUCUUCCCUGAGCCCGCUAAAUCAAACGCUGGUUGAUGGGAUGGGAAAAGAAGUCACCUUAGGCGGUUAUAUCACUGGUGGCGGCCACAGUCCGCUCUCACACAUCUACGGACUUGGUUCUGAUCAAGUGUAUGAGGUUGAAAUGGUGACACCCACUGGCGAAAUUGUUACAGCGAAUGAGUGUCAAAAUACAGACUUGUUCUGGGCUGUUCGUGGAGGUGGCGGCGGCACAUUUGGGGUUUUGUCAAGAAUCACCGUUCGCACAGUACCAGCUACACCAAUUGCACUCUACGAUUUCACGCUCCAAGCAGCCUCCAACUCCACCACCUACUUCGAAGCCGUAGCAUAUUUCCUAGCGCAACUCCCCACACUAUCCGCCUCUAAUGUUUCAGCAUUCCUGUAUCUCUACCCCGACACUGCCGCUGGAGCAACAUUUGAAGCCGUACUUUGCCUGCCCGACCCUGCAUCAGCCAUUUUAUUGGAGGACUUGUGGGCUCCAUACUGGGCUCAUGUCAAUGAGACGUAUGCGGGCCAAAUAAAUAGUUCAGCGACAGCGACCCUUUUUCCCAAUCUGGAGAGUUUGUUUCUUGAGUAUGCGGAUACGAGCAAAGCUGGUGUUGAUAAAGUUGUUGGAUCAUGGCUUCUUCCACCAGCAACGUUGACAGAAGAUACUUUCCAGGAUGCUCUGAUAGAUUUUCUAGGAACGUCUGGCGCGAGAUUGUAUAUGGUAUCUGGAAAGGGGGUUUGGGAUGCGGUGCCAAGAAGUGGCAGUGAUGCUGUCAAUCCUGCGUGGAGAAAGGCUUUGAUUCAUGCUGUGACUUCCAUAAAUUGGACGCCUCUAAAUGAGACUGCGCGGGCACUUGCAGAGUAUAAUGUCAAUCAUGUCCAAACGGAGGCUCUGCGACAACUGGUUCCUGACUCGGGAGCUUAUAUCAAUGAGGCAUAUUGGGAUGAACCCGACUUCCAACGCGCAUUUUGGGGAUCUAAUUAUGAGAGACUGCUGGAUAUUAAGAAGGCUGUUGACCCCGAUGAUGUAUUAUGGUGCCAUAUUUGUGUUGGGAGUGAAGGAUGGAAAGAGGUUGGGAAUAAUUUAUGUCGAGUCUGA